AUGUCGAGAAGUCAUAGUAACCAGUGCUCCAGAAAACACGCAGAAAUGAAAGUUUCGGGGAUAAAAGACAACUGUUCGCGGGUUGAUGACAUAACUAAGGAGCCUCCGUUAAAAAUCAAAUGCCGCAGAGGGAAUUGUGCUGAAUGGUGCGAAACCGGUGAUUGUCUCCAGCAAUCCUGUGAUCUGCAAGAAGGGGAAAACUUACGCAAAGAGUACUUGCUUAGCUCUUUGAAGUCCGUCACUGAGUAUUAUUCCGAUGAGAUACGCAACAAAAGUGAAGAUAAGAAGGAAAAGAUAGAGGAAAUGUUUUUUGAAUUGACCACGUUGGAAACAUCCUUGCUGGAAACUGCACAACUCAAAUUCAAUCACACAACAAGCGAAUUUAAUAUGAGCAGCAUUUAUGCAGAUGUUCUGGUCAGGAAAACUUUCUACCAAAAUGAAAGCCACCACUUUCGUCUGGAAGAACCUAACGGGGAAAAUUUCCUGAGCAUUCCAUCGGGAAACUUGGACAAUGGUUCAGUAGUACUUGGAAUGAUAUACAAAGACCUCCAUCAAUUAUUCAUCACUAACCAGACAGAGAACAGUACUCUGAACAAUUCCAGGGAAGUCACCUCCAUUAUUAUGGCUGCCACAAUAACUCCUCCACCCAAGAAACUUCAGGAAAAUAUAACUUUGAAGUUCAAAAACAUUAAGAAUUCAAAUAACAAGAAAAAGUGUAUGUUCUGGAACAUGUUGGAUGAUAGUUCCAUUGGCUGGUCAGGAGAAGGGUGCUAUGUCAAAUCUACUGAUGCAUACCAAACAGAGUGCACCUGCAAUCAUUUGACUCAUUUUGCUGUUCUUCUGGACACAUCUUCUGGAACAGAGACUGCCGAUAUAUCAGCGAAUGAUGAAAAGAACUUGGAAAUUCUCACAUACGUCGGGCUGACCCUCUCUGUAAUUGGGAUCUCAUUGACGAUAAUCAGCUAUGUUACUCUCACAGACAUGAGACGACCUUUAUCCCAGAUUCGAGUGAGUCUCGUCGCUUCUCUUGGAGCAGGGCAAAUCAUGUUUCUUGCCGGGAUUAGAGCGACUGGGAACAAG